AUGGCUCCACCAGACUACUCCCCCUUGAGCCCCGCAGCACACCGUCGUGGUAUCAGCAUACGAGCCCUAGUUAGCACCAUUCUAGCCUCCCUCCUCCUCGGCCUCCUCGUCGGAAUUGCGCUAACCACCGCUAUCCACCCCCUCACCGUGCCCCAAGUCCUCACCAGCGCCCUCAGCCAUGCCUUCACAUCGUCCCCACCCGCGGUACCCGUGGCCGGGGGCUUCGUCUUUGACGCCCAAACCGGCGAGGCCAAGUGCGGUACGCACUGGACGGAAGCCAAGCGCCUCGGGUGCCACUUCGACGUGAUGGCGUCGCGGUGGUACUCGCCUGACUGCUUUAACCAGGGGGUGCUGGACGAGAUGCUGACCGAGGUAGACUUCAGGUGGUAUGCUGAUCGCGAGCAUACCCAAGAGGUGGCUAGAGAGCGGGUGCUGGCAGGCGAGUUCGAGGCUGUCUACCCGGAUAACGACUACCACAUCAUGCACUGCUUGUACCUGUGGCGCCGGUUACAUUCUGCCGUGCUGGAGCACCGCUUUCUGGACGACGAUGUGUACAGCUAUGAGCAUACGCUUCACUGUACACGCUUGAUUAUGCAGUGGCCACGGGGGCUGAAUUCAACUACGAUUGCGACGUCGGGAAUUCCGUAUUGUAGGGCGACGCCCAUGUGA